AUGCCGCGGCUGCGCUUGCACCUCUGCUUCACCGGCGUGCUCUGCUGGCUGGCGCACGAGUCCGGCUCCUUCGCGCUGCCCAACGCCACCGAGCUCCUGUCCCCUCCCAGCAGCGCGGGGCCGGGGCCGGCUCCUGGCACCGGGGUGCCCCGCGGCCGCCGCCGCCGGUACCUGGCGCCCCGCGACAUGAGCGCCAUCCUGGACUACCACAACCAGGUGCGGGCGCAGGUGUCCCCCCCGGCCGCCAACAUGGAGUACAUGGUGUGGGACGAGCGGCUGGCCAGGGCGGCGGAGGCGUGGGCCGUGCAGUGCGUGUGGGACCAUGGCCCCCCCCAGCUGAUGAAGUACGUGGGGCAGAACCUCUCCAUCCACUCGGGCAGGUACCGCUCCGUGGUGGACAUGGUGCGGUCGUGGCACCGCGAGCAGCAGCACUACUCCUUCCCGCACCCCCGCGAGUGCAACCCCCGCUGCCCCUCCAAGUGCAGCGGCUCCGUCUGCAGCCACUACACCCAGAUGGUGUGGGCGUCCUCCAACAGGCUGGGCUGCGCCAUCCACGCCUGCAGCAACGUGCGGGUUUGGGGCAGCACGUGGCGCCGCGCCGUCCUCCUCGUCUGCAACUACGCCAUCAAGGGCAACUGGAUCGGGGAGGCACCCUACAAGGUGGGGAGGCCGUGCUCAGCCUGCCCGCCCACCUACGGCGGGGUCUGCUCCAACAACAUGUGCUUCACGGGACUCAGAUCCAACCAAGUGAGCUGGUUUUAGGGCUGCGGCAGCGCUCCACGGCUCCACCACCCUCUGGGGACGGGGGAAAAGAGGAUUAUUUAUAACACCACACUGCUUUUGGCCCUCCGACCCUCCUCCCUGUGCUGUGUUAGGCAUCAGGCAGGCUCUCAAACCCAUUUUAGCCCCAGUGCUCCCACCCUUUUUGGACACCCCCUGGGGGCACUGCCUUCUCCAGCUGUUUCAUGCCUGGGGGGCGCUGGGGACAGCUGGUGGUGGCCUGGGGCACAUGGGGGGAGUGGGAUUGGAUGUCACGGCCCUGCUGCGCAGGGCUGGGGGCUCUCCCUGCCACCCCGGGACUGGGAAGAGUCUAUGCAGUGACCGGCCAGACCGUCCCUUUGGGGUGAGUGACUGGAGCCCUGUGUGCAUCGCUCUGUGGGGCCCCCCAGCCACGGUCCCCGGCUCUGAGCACCCCAAUAAAGCGGUCUGGAGACCCGA